AAUGAAACCAAUCAGAGAGAGAUGGCUGUCUCUUUUAAUUCCCUCAAAUGAACUAACUGCUGAUGGAAUAGAAAAGAGCAAUGAAACAUACCAAGAGUAUCUUAAAGGCGCAUCCGUUCCCAAACAAACCAGUGAUCUAAUACAUAAGGACAUAGAAAGGACUAAGAUUGUGUCCAUCACAGGGAUUUCCUCUAAUUAUCUUGAUAAAGUCCGAGACCAGGAAAAGGUCCGGGUUGUUAUAGAAAGAAUUUUGACAGUCUUUGCAUACACAAACAAAUCAAUUGGGUAUGUACAGGGAAUGAAUGUAAUAUGCGCAAUUAUAUACUAUGUAAUGUCCUAUAAUGAACAGCCAUACAGCGAAUCCCUUUGUUACUUUUGUUUUUUCAACCUUAUGGUGGACAUUGGUGACUAUUUUACUGAAAAAAUGGACAACGCAGAGACGGGGAUUUUUGGGCAGCAGAGGGCCAUACUAGAAAUACUAAAGCAGAAAGAUUCUCUUCUAUACACGCACAUAGCAAAGAAGAAUCUGUUUAAAAAUAGCGCAUUCCACAUUAGAUGGAUGAUUCUUCUAUUUUCAGCUGAGUUUGAGCUAAAAGACACAUUGAUUUUAUGGGAAAGAUUCUUUCAUGAGAGCCCAAAAAGAAAAAUGAUUCCUUACUUCUGUGCCGCUUCUUUGGUUACACUAAGAGAAAUAAUAAUUAAUGAUGAUGAAAUGAAAACACUUGGCUCACUAGAGGUAGUGCGGAUAAAUCCAUACAAUGCUCUUGCUAUAGCAGAAGAGUUCCUUAAGGCCAUUCCAUAUAGCACACUUUUCCACUCAUCUGCUAAUCCCCACUUAAAUAAGCCAAGCAGAAAAGCAUCGCGCGCUCCACACAAUAAAAUAGCUCAAUAA